CAGCACAGACCAACCUGGUCUACACUAAAGAGUUUUACAUUGAUGUUCACCGGUGGGGGCCUGACUAACCGCACAGCAAGAAGAAGCCUUCUGCGUGCUGUGUCUGGACUGCACUGGCAAUCUACAUAAUGGCGCUAACUCUAGGCCUGGGACUAUUGGCGCUUAAAGUGUUUAACAUGCAGGAGGAAAUACGCAAACUCCAAAGAGAAGACGACUCUCAUUUAGCAGAGGAACUGGUCAGCCCCUUCUACAAUGAAACUCUUCCGGAGAGAAGCUUUUACAGAAAGAACCCCAGAGGUGAAGAACCAUUGAUCGAAAGCUUAGAAGAGGAAAUCAACACCAUUAGGGUCAGCAACCACCAUUUAUGGAUGAGGAUGAACAAUAUCACACUGGCUGCAGGGCAACUUGGAAUCAAAGGAGAACCUGGUCCUCCAGGAGGAAAAGGUGAGAAGGGAGACAUGGGUCUACGAGGACCAGCUGGAAGCAAAGGAGAACCAGGGUCAAAGGGUAUUGGAUUUCCUGGGGAGAAAGGAGAGAAGGGUAAUCCUGGAGAAAAGGGUGCUGAAGGUCUUUCUGGCCCUGGGGGUGCUCAGAAAGGGGAAAAAGGUUCCUCUGGAAAGGAUGGAACUCCAGGGAUACCUGGAGGAGUAGGAGCUCCAGGUGCCAAGGGAGACAAGGGAGAAGCAGGAAUAGAAGGACCAAACGGGACAAAAGGAGACCAAGGUUUAAGAGGACCACCGGGUGAAGAUGGAAGUAAAGGGGACAGGGGCCUCACUGGUCCAAAAGGUGAACCAGGAAUGAAAGGGGAUAGGGGGCCUACAGGUCUUCAAGGAAGUAAAGGUGAAGUGGGUGAGAAAGGAGAGAUGGGCCACAGAGGACAAACUGGUGCUCCUGGAAACAAGGGAGAUGCAGGUAGAGUGGGUGCACCAGGGUUUCCAGGACAGAAAGGAGAGGCAGGAAUCCCAGGAGAGAGGGGACCUGAAGGUGAAAAGGGACAAAGAGGAGUAGCAGGCAUUCCAGGACCAAAGGGAGAACAGGGAGAUUCAGGGUUUAGAGGCCAACAUGGUGAAAGCAGGCAGUGCAUUCCAGGUCCAAAAGGUGAACGAGGAAUGAAAGGCUCCAAAGGAGACAUGGGACCUAGAGGACUGCCAGGGAGCAAAGGUGAGAGGGGUGAACCAGCGGGAAGCUACUCCGACCCCCAGAUAAGGCUCGUUGGAACAGCUAAGGAGGGCCGUGUCGAAAUUCUGUACAAAGGGAAGUGGGGAACAAUAUGUGAUGAUAAAUGGGACAAAAGCGAUGGAAACGUGGUCUGCAAAAUGCUGGGAUAUAGUCAUGCAGUUCGCAUCAUGACAGCACCCACACCACUCACCCCCGAAAAAGUUUCUGAUCCCAUUUGGCUCGAUAACGUGGAGUGCAGUGGAACAGAAGCUUCCAUUUUUGACUGUGAAAAGAGCGACUGGGAGGUUCACGACUGCAGCCACAGCGAAGAUGCUGGGGUGGAAUGUGCCUAAGCCAGUGUAGAAAUGGGCAUGGUACACUGCUGUCUGGCGUAAGAUGUCGUAAUCCCAUCAGUUCCAAAAGACUGUGCUGCUGUUGUCUGUGACUGGGACUUGCUUCUUUGUUUCUGUGUUUAUAAAACUGUUGGUUUCUUUACCUAUUUUAAAAAUAUGCAUUAACUAGGCAAGUAAUUGUUCCUUAAAUCUUUAAUAACCAGUAAGGCCAAGAGUAAACCAGGAAAUCCAGUUGCCACUAGGGUGACCAGACAGCAAAUGUGAAAAAUCGGGAUGGAGGCUGGGGGUAAUAAGAGCCUAUUUGGGUAAAAAGACCCAAAAAUCGCCCUAUAAAAUCGGGACAACUGGUCACCCUAGUUGCCGCAAAACAAUUAUUGACAGAAAAGGAAUGAAAUACCCAAGUCAUGCAAACACUCGUAAAUCUUCGGGUAACCUGGCUGGUCUGGUAUCCAGUAAUCAUGUAUUCUGCACAGAGUGGAAGGAUAGUGGAAGUUAAAGCUUAGGAGUAGGAGACCUGUGCCCGGCACUCUUCCGAGCUCUUCCCUGGACCUCCUUCAUGACCAUGGCCAGGUCACUAAGGCCCAGAUCCUUAAAGGUGAGGAGUUAGGCACAUGAAAACCUUUGAGGAUCUGGUCCGUAACCUCUGUUUCUCAGUUUCACAGUCUCCCAAUCUAUUAAACAGAGGUAAUUAUACUUACCUCUCAGGAGUAUUAGGAAGACUGAUUCAUAUUCUAGAGUCCUUUUAGAUCCUUAGACAUAACGCUCUAUGGAAAUAUAGAAAUAUAUACAAAUACAAAGCAGGAGAAUGCAUUAGCCACAGUACCAUUCUGACAGAAAGUCACUGAUGAUGAAGUGUAAAGCUUGCAGAGUUAACUGUCCUAUAUGUAGCUACAUAAUGGCUUCCAUCCUUUACUGUCUGUUAUACAGAACCAUGUCUGAUGCAUUGAUUUUUAUUUGUACUGAGCACUUUCUUUCUUUUUAAGGAUCCACAACACACUCCUGCACCAUACAUUUACAUAUUGUAACGUGGCGGAUGAACAGUAGCACAUA